AUCACGCCCCCGUGCUGUGCAAUGCCAGACGCCUGAUUCAGUGAUUUGCAGUCAGUGUGGCUCUGGUCUGUGGUCGGAUAUCCCUUUGUUAUCAGGGUUGAGAGCUGGUGUUGAUACAAAGCCCCAGAUUUAUAUCAGGUUCCUGUGAUAGAUAUCAAAAUGCUUCUACAUCUGGCAGCACUGGUAAGCUUCAUUCUAGGAGCCACAUCUCUGCCAUUCAGCAACUCAGAAGAAACAGGAAAGCACUGGGUGGUCCUUGUGGCAGGUUCCAAUGGCUGGUACAACUACCGACAUCAGGCAGAUGUGUGCCAUGCCUAUCAAAUAAUCAAGAAGAACGGCAUCCCUGAUGAGCAAAUUGUCGUCAUGAUGUAUGAUGAUAUUGCCAAUAAUGAGGAAAAUCCUACCAAAGGAAUCAUUAUCAACCGGCCCAAUGGUACUGAUGUGUACGCCGGAGUCUUGAAGGAUUAUAUUGGAGAUGAUGUCACUCCUAAAAAUUUUCUGGCUGUCCUGAGCGGUGAUUCUGAAGCUGUCAAGGGGAAGGGAUCAGGGAAAGUAAUCCGCAGCGGCCCCAAUGAUCACGUGUUUGUAUACUUUACUGACCAUGGAGCACCAGGCCUGCUGGCCUUUCCUAAUGAUGAUCUGCAUGUCAUGGAACUGAAUAAGACCAUACAGCAUAUGUAUGAGAACAAGAAGUACAAAAAGAUGGUGUUUUACAUUGAGGCCUGUGAGUCUGGCUCCAUGAUGAACCACCUGCCCAAUAAUAUUAAUGUAUACGCAACCACAGCUGCCAACUCCCAUGAGUCAUCCUACGCUUGUUACUAUGACGACAAACGAGACACUUACCUGGGAGAUCUGUACAGUGUCAGCUGGAUGGAAGACUCUGAUAUGGAGGAUUUGAACAAAGAAACACUACACAAACAAUUUGUUCUGGUGAAGCAGCACACAAACACUAGCCAUGUCAUGCAGUUUGGAAACAGGACAUUAUCACAGAUGAAAGUGAAUCAGUUCCAGGGCAAUGGAGAGAUCACUUCCCCGCCAAUGUAUCUAGAGCCUGUAAAACACAUGGACUUGACUCCCAGCCCUGAUGUGCCACUAGCAAUCCUAAAAAGAAAACUGAUGGCCACAAAUGAUAUUGUGCAGGCCAGAGCUAUUGUGAGAGAGAUGAAGGCACACCAAGAGGCAAAGCAACUGAUAAAAGAGUCUAUGAGGAAAAUCGUAAACACGGUGACUGAAUCGGAUGAGCUCACAGAAGAGAUACUGACGGACCAGAUUUUCAUCAAUGACAUGCAGUGUUAUAGGGACGCAGCUGAACAUUUCAAAAGACAGUGCUUUAACUGGCACAACCCUCUGAAUGAAUAUGCUCUGAGACAUCUCUAUGCUCUGGUCAAUCUGUGUGAGUCUGGAUAUCCCUUAGAAAGACUUCGCAAUGCAAUGGAUAAAGUUUGUAACAGCUGGAACUGAAUUUACUUACCUGCAAAAAUCAUCUUACCAAGGAGUCUGAGUCUGACCCAACCGCUAAACUUCAUCUGCUGCCACCAAUCCACGCUAUACAACCUGACAGAUCUGCCUUAGCCCUGCUUUUAUAGGGUCACCUCAGACUUUCUAACAUUGAACUCAAAUCUACAGAUUACACUACCGCUAAUUUUACUAUCCCAGGACUGAGAAGAAUAUAAGAAAAGUAGCAAUAUACGUGUGGGAGAUGGAUGUGAUCAAAGACGCUAUCCAAAGAUCAGAGCUAAAUGUUUUAAAUGGUCAUUUGUUAUAGGGAGAUCUAGGGGGGAAAGCCAUUCUGCUGCUUUACUACUAAACACGAAAAUUCGCCAGCGUGACGUCAUUUUGCCACUUCGCCGAUUUACUAACGGGUGCCGGCGUAAAUUCGCUUGCGAAGUGGACUUACUCUAGCGCUACUUUGCACCCUUACGCCAGGCAAAGUUGCGCUCUGGCGAAGGGACAUAACUACGCUAAUUCACUAAGUUGCGGAUUUUCGUAAACGUUACCUCUUGCGCCAGACUUGACUUCGCCACCUCAGACCAGGCGAAGUGCAAUAGAGUAGAUAGGAAUUGCUCCAAAAAAAAGUUGAAGUCCCAAAAAACGCUGGCGUCUUUUACUUUUUUAAGGGUGAUAGGCUGAAAAAGAGCGACAUUUUUUUUAGGGUACCCUCCUUCCCCCCUACAUUUGAUAACAUAUGGCACCUAAACUAUACAGUGGGCUCAUGUAUAGGGCAUUAGAAUACAUUUAUUAGGGUUCCCUGGCCUGCUGCAUAUACGGCCAUUGUAUUUUAACCGCAAAUUUCCGAUCGCUAGCGUUAAUAUGAACCGUGAUGGUAACAUCGCUAGCACAACUUCGCAAACGAUCGGUAACUUUUGCGCAAAUUCGGAUCUUCGUGAAUUUGCGCAGCCCUGGCAAAGUGCGGCGAAGCCAACGCCGGCGCAGCUUCGAAGGUAAGUAAAUUUGCCCCAUGGAGUUUCCAAAAAGCUCGGAUCUUCUAGUAGUGAUCAUUGUUCUUGGGUAAUGGGACAUCAAGUUUUAGAUUGUAGCAUGAUUUUAGCUUUUUUUUUUCUUUUUUUGUUACAUUUUUUAGUAUGUUUUUUUUAAUCAGUUGUUUUAUAGCUGCUUUCCAUCCUGUCUGUUCAUUGAGAAACUAUAAUGUGAAAUGACUGUGCCUAGUCACAUACCGUAUAUACUCGAGUAUAAGCCGAGUUUUUCAGCCCCCAAAAUAUGCUGAAAAACUCUACCUCGGCUUAUACUCGGGUCAAGCGCAAAAACGGUCGCGGGCGCCUAAGAAUAGUCGCCGGUGUCCAAGAAUAGUCUCCAAGAAUAUUCGCCGGCGUUCCAAGAAUAGUCUCGAAGAAUAUUCACCGGCAUCCAAAAACGAGAUGCCGGCACCUCCAAUGGGAGCAGAAACCCUCAAUUUUUUGAUUGAAACUUACCAGAAGCUGCUGCAUUUCUCACCCUAGGCUUAUACUCAAGUCAAUAAGCUUUUCCCAGUUUUUGGAGGUAAAAUUAGGUACCUCGGGACGGCUUAUACUCGAGUAUAUACGGUACAUCAAGCACCUGUGCUACAUACCUGCAUUACAUUCUGCAGGCUCAGGGCACUACUGAAUAUCACUUACACUUCAUUCAGACUAAUGUCAUGGGGUUGGGGACGAGCAGGUGGAAUUAAGAUUAUUAUGACUAAAUGCUGAACUUAUUGAUUCGUUUUAUUACCUUGCAAACCUAUUUAAAAUGAAAAUGUGUAGGAAGGAAUUAAAUAUUUUACGAUGACCAAAA